AUGGCACUUCAUGGCAAAGAACUCUGAGGAUUUGAAAAAAAGAAUUGUUGCUCUACAUAAAGAUGGCCUAGGCUAUCAGAAGUUUGCCAAGACCCUGAAACUGAGCUGCAGCACAAUGGCCAAGACCAUACAGCGGUUUAAUAGGAUAGUUUCCACUCAGGACAGGCCUCGCCAUGAUCGACCAAAGAAGUUGAGUGCACAUGCUCAGCGUCAUAUCCAGAGGUUGUCUUUGGGAAAUAGAUGUUGAAGGGAAGGAAGCCUCUUCUAAAGAUGAUGCACAAGAAAGCCCACAAACCGUUUGCUGAAGACAAGCAGACUAAGAACAUGGAUUACUGGAAUCAUGUCCUGUGGUCUGAUGAGAUCAAUAUAAACUUAUUUGUUUCAGAUGGUGUCAAGCGUGUGUGGCAGCAGCCAGGUGAGCAGUACAAAGACAAGUGUGUCUUGCCUACAGUCAAGCAUGGUGGUGGGAAUGUCCUGCCUUGGGGCUGCAUG